AUGACCGUAGUCUCAAAUGAUCCCAGUUGGUGGCCAACCAUCAAUUUCGAUAUUUUGAUCAGCUAUUGGCUUGUUGCCACAGCCUUCGUGGUGGUAUACGAUUGGAUAUUAACACUCCCACAAGAGAUUGACCUCAUUUGGACUCAACGCUGGUCUCUCAUGACUGUGCUGUACCUAGUCAUACACUAUGUUGGAAUACCAUUUUCUAUUGCUAGCAUUCUGGAAAUCACUACGUUUGCCUCGUUGACAGAUGCAGCUCCACAUAAUGACUCAAUAGGCAAUAUCAUAAUCUAUGCAGUAAAUGGGACAAAUGUGAUCGUAACUGCCAUGUUGGGAGUCAUCAUGAUUGCUCGGUUGCAUGCCAUGUAUCAGAGAUCUAGGAGGAUGCUUAUCUUCCUUGUUAUUAUCUUCCUGGCCGUAAACAUCACCUGCGGAGUAAUCACGAUCAUAGGACUCAAGCAUGAUUCCGUAUCGGAAGAAUUCAUACUCUCUGGUAUUCAUAUGUGCGGUGACGGAUAUGAGGGGGAUACCCAGCUUCUGAUAUCAAUGGUUUGGAUGCUCAACACUGUUUGGGAGGUCCUUGCACUGUGUCUUUCGAUAUGGAUCGCUGCGAAGCACUUCCGUGACCUGCGACGACUCGGCCCAUUGACGGGAUCGACCAUCGGGGACUGUUUCAAAGUGCUCCUGGAAUCUCACGUGCUUUAUUUUGCAAGCUUUGCCGGUGUCUCUUGCCUCCAGCUUGUGAAUCUCUCUCCAGAAGUCCAGAGUUCGAAUUCUGCAGCAGCAGAGAUACUCGAUGGUGUGAUGGAAAUCUUAUGGUCCGUGCAGAUGUUUGUGGUGGGACCACGCCUCAUCCUUAGCGUUCGACAAUAUCACGCUAAACUCGUGGCCGGAUCCGACGCAGAAACUAGCAUGAAUUCGAUUGUCUUCCAGGAGCGUGUGCAUGUACAAACUAGCAGUACUGUCUAGGAAAUGGUUGUCGAGUGUUCUGCAUGGAGGAGAUAUUUGGUCGAGGAUCCGUCGUAUUUAUUUUAGUUAUGGUGGUCUCCAAGUAUAUUUUAGACGAGGUUUAUGUAGACAAACCCAUCUCUUGUUGUAUCGCUACUGGAAGUCGGUGAUCUGCCCGCCCACACUCGUACCGAGUGGCAAGCUGCAAUUACCCGGUACAUCUAGCAAUGAAUCCGGCCCUUGAUGCCCA